AUGGAUAUUUUCACACCUCUACCCCAUACAGAAGAACAACCAUCCGCUGGUAAGGAAGGUCUUGCAAAGUCUGAAGAAAUCAAGGACCAGCAACCUGCGAAACAGGGAAAUUCCGUCACUAUCAAGCUGUUUCUCAAUAAUCCCCUUCGCUUCAUCGUCGACCGCCAUAAUGAGAUCAAAGAUGCCAAAGCAAGAGAUAAACAAAUAUUCCGAGACUUCGAAGAGAAGCUCAAAAGGUACGGUCUUUCACGUGAUGAAGUGUACUUUAUCGAUGGAACGACCAGCGAGCGUCGCCAUAUCAGAAAUGAUGUGGACCUGGGAGAACUUACCCACGAUGCACCUGUAGCUCAUUUCUACACUGCUCCAUGUGGUGAUCCACCGUCAAAAGAUUGCCAGAAAAGACAGAAGAAGAAGAGAAGGAGCCGUCGUUGCUCCCAGGGCUGCCCCAACAGUUUCCGUUGUAUGCUGUAUCGUAGCAGCGUGCCGCAGUUUACAAUAAAGUUUAAGAGCAAAGAGGAGCUAUUCCAGAAAUACAGUCAGAAGUUGAAAGAGCUCAGUAUUCCCCUCGAUUCGUUGUAUCGUCUCGAUUCGGAAGAAAUCAAAGCUGAGCCAGUGAGGAACGCCGAUGAUGUGUUUUUGCUGUGCGAGCAAACCUUUUGGGCAUAUUUGUACAGUAAGAGCACUGCUGAAGCAAAUGUCUCCCUGGAGCUCCCCUAUGACAUACCGUCCUCCAAGUCUCAUAGCAUGAAAGACUUCGCGUUACAUCUCCAGACUAAGGAAGAUGGAUAUCGCUCCUCGAGUAGCUCCUCGAACUCGAGCACAGGCACUCCUCGUCGUCAUCCGUCUCCUUCACGAAAUCAUCCACAUGGAUAUUCUCACGACGACUGGAAUCACUGCUGUCCCAGAUACCCCAUGAUUCCAAAUCGUCCUCCACAUUGUUCACCUUGCCAGAUGAAUCCCUGUUUUGGAGGCUGCCCCUGUCGUUGUACUUAUAUUGGCUUCGGAGGUGGAAUGGGACACUGUUGUCAAGGAGUUCCUGGGUUUCAUAAAUAUUGA